CCUUAAAUCAAAGAGCACAUCAAACUAUAAUUUCCUCUUGUCUUCUUUCUCUUUCUCUCCAAGUGUUGAAGUUGCAGAGAGAAAAAAUGGAUUGAGAAUUUUCUCUCUCUCUCUCUCUUCUCUUCGGCUUUCACUUUCCUUCGGAUCAUUCCGCUACUUUGCUAUGGAAGACUCGGAUUCAGUUGCUACGCUGAUAGAUUCUACAACUUCCAAGAUACAACAGCUGCAAAAGGCGUUUGCUGAACUUGAAAGUUACCGUGCUGUUACUCUGAACCUGAAAUGGAAAGAUCUAGAGGAACAUUUUCAUGGUCUUGAGAAAUCCUUGAAGAGGCGAUUUGAUGAAUUGGAAGACCAGGAAAAAGAGUUUGAGAACAAAACGAGGAAGGCUCGGGAAAUACUGGAACAGCGGCAAGCAGCUGUUUAUGCCAAGGAGCAAGCCACGUUGCAGGGGCUUCAGGAGAAACGGGAUGCUGCUGUAUUUGAUAUUAUGAAUGCUCGAGAAAAGCACAGGAAGGUUUCGUCAAGUGAAUUGCCUAUUGUCUCAAAUAGGGGUAAUGGGGCAUUGUGUGUGGAGGAGAAACCAGUAGAUGUCGUGUCCUUUGCGGCUAAAGGUAAAGUGGGAGAGGUGGAACUUUCUCCUGAAAUUGAAAAUGUGGAGUUGUCUUAUCCAGACUUGGUAAAACUAUGUAAAGAGAUGGAUGCUGCGGGACUUCACAAAUUCAUAUCUGAUAAUCGUAAGAACCUUGCUGCUGUAAGGGAGGAAAUACCACAUGCAUUAAGAGCUGCUCCUAACGCUGCCUGUUUAGUUUUAGAUUCUCUGGAAGGAUUUUACUGUACAGAAGUGUCAAAUCAGGAUGUAAAGAAGGAUGCUAACUUAUUGGGUCUUCGACGAACAUGUAUCAUGCUGAUGGAAUGUCUGUGUGAUUUCCUGAGAAACUCAUAUUGUGUUUCUAAUGUAAUUUCAGAAGAUAUCAAAGACAGGGCAAAGACAGUUGCUGAGGAAUGGAAACCCAGAUUGGAUACUCUUGACAUGGAUGCUAGCAAUGGGAAUUCCUUGGAAGCUCAUGCAUUUUUGCAACUUCUAGCAAGUUUUGGUAUUGCAUCUGGUUUUAAUGAGGAAGAGUUAUCCAGGCUAAUUCCAAUGGUAUCUCGACGUCGCCAAACUGCUGAUUUGUGCCGUUACCUUGGGUUGUCAGAGAAGAUGCCUGGUGUCAUUGAAGUUUUGGUGAAUAGUGGGCGGCAAAUUGAUGCUGUUAACUUGGCUUUUGCAUUUGAUCUUACAGAACAAUUUUCACCUAUUCCUUUACUGAAGUCUUACUUGAAGGAUGCUAGGAAAACUUCUUCUCCCGUCAAAAAUGUUAACUCAUCUCCGACAGCACAGAUUGAUGUUAACGAGCGAGAGCUGAUUGCACUUAAGGCUGUAAUUAAGUGCAUUGAAGAUCAUAAACUGUAUGAGCAGUAUCCUCUGGAACCUCUCCAGAAACGAGUGAUCCAACUGGAGAAGGCGAAGGCUGACAAGAAAAGGGUAACUGAAGCAACAAAGCCUCAACCGAAGAGACCCCGUGCUAACAGUGCUGGAUAUGGUCCACGUGUCACUAACUUUCCAUCUGACAAAACUUCAUAUGCUAGAGUUGCUGACAGGUAUCCUCCUCAAUAUGUGUAUGACCGAUCUUACAUGUACCCUGGACCAACUGACAAUCACUGCCCCCCUCUCAUGGCUUCUGCAACUUAUAACAUCUCUCCUAAUCCUGCCAACUACUUUGGGAAUGCUUAUCAGUACCAAGCCACAUAUCUCCACUAGUUAGCAUGCGCCAGACACGGUGAGCAGAUGACCAAGACCCACUUUGUUUAAUAUUUAGUCUUAAGUCUUAACCCUUAAGCUGUUGUAUGUUGCACUUUAUCUAUGUAGUUCUAAGAAUCGCUGAAACUGAUCAAAUCUCAUCUUCAAAUUUUAACUUCUGUACUAGAACAUAUUCUGAUCUUCUAAUGUAUACCCUGUGUACCUUUCUACUA